UCUAGAUUUCCGCGAUGGUCACAUGGCGCGAAAUGGAAGGGCGUGGGUGAAUUUUCUCGGUUGUUAUUCAUUUCCAAUUGCGGAGGAAUUGGCAUUUACAGGAAAGAAAGGAAGUGGGGAUCGUUAAUGUGCGCUGCAACGGAAGGAACGUCGUAGUUAUUAAACACUACAUUAUUGUUAGCUUUAAAUCCGGGGUUUCGAGGCUUUAAAAGCUGACAAUUUUUCUUCCGACGGAUCAACGAACAAAUGGCAAGACAAUCUUGUUAGCGAACUACUACGUCUGCGUGCGCCAUUCUGCAUCUAAGCCGCUAUCUUUCUCUCCAACGGCAGGAUUCGGGAUUGCAAUUGAAGGAGGGAAUUUUUUAAGUUUGGUUUACCAAAUCAUUCCUUUCUGCCAAAUUCUUACUGGUAAUAAUAUAAAAUGCCUAAGACAAGAAGUCACCGUGAGUUGGUUGGUAGAAGAUCCAGGGUGGCUCCUUACUUAUCCAGCAUUGCUCAGGAUAAAGAGGGAUUAGCACCAGAGAACCAUGAUGUCUCCUUAAAAAAGGAUUGGGAGGAUGCAACGUGUGCCGUCUGUAUGGACUUCCCUCACAAUGCUGUUCUUCUUUUGUGCUCGUCACAUGAUAAAGGAUGUCGCCCUUACAUGUGUGCGACUAGCUACAGGCAUUCCAAUUGCCUUGACCAGUUCAGGAAGGCAUAUUCAAAAUCCUCAUCAAUAAAUGCUCCAGAGAAUUCUGUUGAAAGCUCUGCAUCGAGAUUGGAACCAAUGGCCCAUACACAUUUGGAGCAUGACACCUCAGAUAAUAUAAGUCCUUCAGAUUUUCAGGUGUUUGGACCUCCAAGACCAGUCUCAGACAGUGAAGAUGCAUCUGUAGAAGAAGAUUUAUCUCCCCCUCUGGAUUCAACUUUAAACAGACCACGAGAGAAAUGGGAAGCACCAGAGUUAGCUUGCCCUCUCUGUAGGGGUCAAGUUAAAGGUUGGACAGUUGUGGAAGCAGCUCGUAAAUAUUUAAAUGCCAAGACAAGGAGCUGCUCACAGGAUUCAUGCUCAUUUGUGGGAACUUAUGAAGAGCUUAGGAAGCAUGCAAGGCAUGAACAUCCACUGGCUCGUCCACAAGAAAUAGACCCUGAUCGUCAAAGAAACUGGCGAAGACUGGAGCGACAGCGUGACCAUGAUGAUGUUAUAAGCACUAUUCGGGCAACAAUGCCGGGUGCUUUGGUACUUGGCGACUACGUGAUUGAGGGUGGCAAUAUUGGCAAUGAAGGAGAUGAUCUGGAUUUCCCAGGUGAUGAGCGAAAUUGGCUAAAUGUCUUCCUUUUAUUUCAGGCAUUUGGUCCAUCUGCCAACAUCACAAAUAGCAGAAACAUUCCCUCAAGACUGAGGGGCCUUGCUAGAGGUUAUCACAGGUUAGGAAUGUCUCCAAUUGCUAGGCAAGUGCCAUGGGGAGAAAAUUUUCAUGGAAGUCCUGCUUCUGAAGGUAAUUUGUCUGUGAGUAGUGAUGCCAGAGAAGGGACCACAAGCCCUGCCAGGAGGAGGCGUAGGAGUCGGCGGAGGUCUAGUGAUUUGAUAUGAUUGUUUGUUAGAGAUGCUCCAGUUUCUGGCUGGUUAUAGAAUUGGUAUUUCUUGGAAGUAGAUUCUAGUUGCAUUUAAGUGUAUUAUUUAGCAAUUUUAGCCAUUUGAAACUUGGAAGGAUUUUCUUUAUUUAACAGUUUUUUUCUCU